AUGCCAGCCGCGGUGGAAGAGGCUGCGGCCUUGAGAAUUCAGGCGUAUUUCCGUUCUUACUUGGCCAGGAAGGCGUUAAGAGCGUUAAAAGGGUUAGUGAAGUUGCAGGCACUGGUGAGGGGGCAUUUGGUGAGGAAACAAGCCACGGCCACGCUACGUUGUAUGCAGGCUUUGAUCACAUUACAAGCAAAGGCUCGGGAACAGAGGAUGAUCCGUAUGAUCGAAGAGACAAAACCCUCGAAUCCAAGAUCCUCGACUCACAGGAAAUCGUCUCAAGAAAACCGGAUCAAGAACAUUUACCACGAGAAUGAGGAGAACAUCAAGAUCGUGGAGAUGGACAUGAGAUCUGAACAAUAUUCCAAUGACCCAAUUCGUAAUUUCUCGUCAAAACACGAGCAGAUGUUCCAUCAGUACUCCCCAGCAGCUUCUUCAGCCAUAACGGAGAUGACUCCUCGAGCGUAUAGUGGACACUUCGAGGACUAUAACUCAUUCACCACUGCACAGAACAGUCCUCAGUGUUUCAGAUUCAAAGAUUACUCUAAUGGGGAUUCUCUUUCUUCUUACGAAUACUCUUUGUGUCCAAACUAUAUGGCGAAUACAAAGUCUUCCCGGGCGAAGGUACGGUCUCAUAGUGCACCAAAGCAGAGGCCUCCCGAACUAUACGAGCGCCAGCCGAGCGGGCGAAGAAGGGUUUCGAUGGAAAGUUCUAGAAACGGCGUCCCAAGGGCUGUUCGGAUGCAGAGAUCGUCGUCUCAUCUGGGUUCUAAGGAUCAUCAUCAUGAAGAACAUCAUCAGAAUCAGUACUAUCCAUGGAUGGCGAUUAAGCUAGAUAGAUCUAACGUAUCGGUCAAGGAAAGUGAAUGCGGAUCCACCAGUACUGUAAUGACCAACACAAACUACUGCAGAUCUCUUGUUGCAGGAGAUGCUCAUGGAAACAGAUAAUGAAUUUGGAAGAUUGAUUCAAAAGGAGACGAACAGAAGAAACGAUGACUUCGAGUUUAUAAAACAGCAUCAGACAAGAGUUUCAAGACGAUGAAGGAUUCCACUAAUAUAUAACUGUCAAGUGUCGGGACCCGUAUUUGUUCUUGAAAUCUUUUUUCUUUUGAUUUAUUUAUUUAUCCUCGUUUUCAAUUGAAUUCCUGGGAAUGUUUGGUUCGUCUGUUAA